GUGUCUGUUUAUGUGCGGACUCGGCUGUGUGUGGAUUCCCUGCACAGGUUCGACGGCUCUUAUUGCCGCCGGGGUAGACCUGUUUGUGCGCAAUCAUGAGGGAGAAUGUCUGCUGCAUCUGGUAGCUGAGGUGGCUUCUAGACACCAUCGGACAGGGCACGAAGAGAAGCUGGUCGAGUCGUUUACUUAUCUUAUGGAGCUGGGGCUGGACCCUUUGCUGGAAGAUAAUAA